AAUAGGCCCUUCACACAACCGAACAAAAUGUUUAUCUGUUAUUCUUUCAUCUUCUACCCACACACCAAUAAAUUACAAAAUACAAUCAACACAAUAUCUUUUCACAUAACAUAUAAAACACAAUAAACACGGUCUAUCCUCUAAAACACUACUCUCACGAUCACGCCACAAACAUCCGCUCCUUCAAAACACUUACAAAAACCCUGAACAUAACGUAUCAUAAAAAUGUAAAACCCAAUAAGAGCUGGACGAUAAUCAUACACAUCUGUGGAAGGGGAUCCGGGGAAUACAUUAAGAACAUCCCUUGGCAUAUACUCCUCGUACUGUUCCGAUCCAACCGAUUUACGAUCACGUCGUCCAGCUCUCUUUCGCCUUUUAAACCAAUUUUGUAUUUUUUUAGUUUUGUUUGUUUUUCCUUUAAUAUUAUUGUAUUAUGUGUUUUUAAUAAUAAAAUAAUCGAAGAUACUUUUUUUAUACAAAUUGGUUAUUAUAAUUCAUACUUUCUUUAUUGUUCCACGAGUGAAUUAUUGUAUCAAUAAGGAUUAUAUGAUUAAGGUAAGAACAUCCUAAUUUAUUGUGCAUGUAUUUAAAAUAGCAAGUGACCCUCGAACAACACACCUCGAGAAAAGGGAUAGUUCUUAUUUUUGCGAUACUCCUAUAACAUUCCCUUCCAUCAUUUAUCAUACCACCAUUUUUCUUAUUUUUGUUUUACAACAAUAAAUUAGUUUGUUGUUUGAUUUUGUUUAGAAAAAACUAUUUUUUUGUGCUUGUAUUGAAUUACUGAUAAUCAUUAAAAAUUUUGUAAAAUAUAAUUUGAUACAUUUAUUUUAUUGUAAUUAACAUUAUUAAAAUGAAGGUGAAGAGUUUUUUUCGUCGAUUGGCAACAUUAUUUAAGUGCUGUAUUUCGGAGAACAAAAAGCAAAAUACAAGUGGUGAUGUACAACUAUAUGUUAAAAACAUAGAAUGUAGCACAACACAAAUGAAUGAUAUCGAUGUAGAAAAUGGAGUGUCAGUAGGUAGUGCGUCAAUUGUAAAACAAGAAAAUGGCGACGAUAUGAUUGUUGUGGAAAAUAUUAAUUUAUCUGAAGAUACAAAUGACAUUUGCAUUUCCAAUACUUUAACUGAGGAGGAUCCCUCAAAUAAUAGUGCCCCAGAGCUCAAAAUUGAUUGUAUAGAAGAUUUGUUGGCAGUUAAGCAAGAGAAUGGUGAAGAUAUGAUUACUGAGGAAAAUAUGUAUUUACCUGAAGAUAUGAAUGACCUUUGCAUUUCCUAUAAUUUUACUGAACAGGAUUACUCAAAUAAUAGUACCCCGGAGCUCAAAAUUGAUUGUAGAGAAGAUUUGUUGACAGUUAAGCAAGAGAAUGGUAAAGAUAUAUUUGCUGUGGAAAAUAAGAAUUUACACGAUGAUGUGAAUGACCUUUGCAUUUCCUAUAUUUUUACUGAAGAGGAUCACUCAAAUGAUAGUACCCCAGAGGUCAAAAUUGAUUGUAUAGAAGAUUUAUUGGCAGUUAAGCAAGAGAAUGGUGAAGAUAUGAUUACUAAGGAAAAUAUGAAUUUACACAAUGAUGUGAAUGACCUUUGCAUUUCCUAUAUUUUUUCUGAAGAGGAUCACCCAAAUAAUGAUUCGCCAGAACUGGAAGUAACACCUAUUGAAGAAGAAGUGUCCAUGGAAACGCGUAAACACGAAGAAGGUGUUAUACGCUAUUUUGGAAUGAAUAAUGGAGCCGGUAGAAUAAUUUCAAAAAAUGGAAAAUGUUAUAAAUUUUAUAAGAAAGAUAUUGUUGGUACUUAUAAAUAUUAUAAAUCUCCACAAAAAGCAAAGUUUGUGGUCAAUGAUUCACAGCCGAAUUGGGCCAUAGAUGUUGAAAUAGUUGGAGAUAUUUAUGGCCAACGAUGCUAUUAUUGCUUAACGCAUGGUCAUUAUACAGAGGAAUGCAUGCAAUUAGAUAUUGACUCAUUAAAUUUUUACUAUCCUUACAUUUAAGGUACUAGAACAAUCUAUUUCAUUAAUCUAUUUAUUCAUUUAUUAUUCAAAUUUAAUAUUGCACAUAUUUUAAUGUGUUAAGUAAAAAAUCCUACUAUACAUUAUAAUAUAUCUAAGUCCUUAAAUUUAUUGUUAAAAA